UUCUCCAAAAGUACCAGCGACUUGGGGGUGGCCCUACCCACCCCCAUCCCGCGCAGCUGCAGCGCCUCGCACCCAGACUUCCCGGGGCGCGUCAGCCCACCCCGCAGCAAAUCGUGCGUAGCUCGCGCCUCCCACGCGCGCAGUGACUCCCUCCCUGCGCGCCGCUAGUAUUCGCGCCACGCCGUCUCCGGGCACUGCAGCACCGCGGGGGCGGAGGCGAGGCGGCGGCGGCGGAGGAGGUCCGCAGAGUGCGAGCCCCGAGCCACUUUCUCGCCCCUCCUCUCGCCGCUGACCCGCUCGGAGGAGUCACCACUCCGUGCGCUGCAGGAGAGAGCGGCAGAAGGAGGCGGCCCCGAGGAGCGAGCCCGAGCGGCGGCCGCCGCUGAAGCGCUGACACCAUCCUGGGCAGGGGGUCCCCGGCGACUGGAGCGUUCCAUUUUGAACCCAAAGUGGAUGAUGCUGUCAGGACUGAACCACUGACCAGAGUCUGUGAAAAAUUCCCAUCUUCUCAUUGGCCAUCAGUUGAGGUAAGAUGGAAGACUCCUAUAAGGAUAGGACUUCACUGAUGAAGGGUGCCAAGGACAUUGCCAGAGAGGUGAAGAAACAGACUGUAAAGAAGGUGAAUCAAGCAGUGGACCGGGCCCAGGAUGAAUACACCCAGAGAUCCUACAGUCGGUUCCAAGACGAGGAAGAGGAUGAUGACUAUUACCCACCGGGAGAAACCUAUAAUGGGGAGGCCAAUGAUGAUGAAGGCUCCAGUGAAGCAACUGAGGGUCAUGAUGAAGAUGAUGAAAUCUACGAAGGGGAGUAUCAGGGCAUCCCCAACAUGAACCAAGGGAAAGACAGCAUUGUGGCAGUGGGGCAGCCCAAGGGCGAUGAGUACAAGGACCGCCGGGAGCUGGAAUCAGAGAGGAAAGCUGACGAGGAAGAACUAGCCCAGCAGUAUGAGCUGAUAAUCCAAGAGUGUGGUCAUGGCCGCUUCCAGUGGGCCCUUUUCUUUGUCCUGGGCAUGGCCCUGAUGGCGGAUGGCGUGGAGGUGUUUGUCGUGGGCUUUGUUUUGCCCAGUGCUGAGACAGACCUGUGCAUACCAGAUUCGGGAUCCGGAUGGCUAGGCAGCAUAGUGUACCUCGGGAUGAUGGUGGGGGCAUUCUUCUGGGGAGGACUGGCAGACAAAGUGGGAAGGAAGCAGUCUCUUCUGAUUUGCAUGUGUAUCAACGGAUUCUUUGCCUUCCUUUCUGCAUUUGUCCAAGGUUAUGGCUUCUUUCUCUUCUGUCGCUUACUUUCUGGAUUCGGGAUUGGAGGAGCCAUUCCCACCGUGUUCUCCUACUUUGCUGAAGUGCUGGCCCGAGAGAAGCGGGGUGAGCAUCUGAGCUGGCUCUGCAUGUUCUGGAUGAUCGGUGGCAUAUACGCCUCUGCCAUGGCCUGGGCCAUCAUCCCACACUACGGAUGGAGCUUCAACAUGGGGUCCGCCUACGAGUUUCAUAGUUGGCGUGUGUUCAUCAUCGUCUGCGCCCUCCCCUGCGUCUCCUCAGUGGUGGCCCUCACGUUCAUGCCUGAAAGCCCACGGUUCUUGUUGGAGGUUGGAAAACAUGAUGAAGCCUGGAUGAUUCUGAAGUUAAUUCAUGACACAAACAUGAGAGCACGGGGUCAGCCUGAGAAAGUCUUCACGGUAAACAGAAUCAAAACCCCAAGACAAAUAGAUGAGCUGAUCGAAAUCGAGAGUGACACAGGAACAUGGUACAGGAGGUGUUUUGUUCGGAUCCGCACAGAACUGUAUGGAAUUUGGUUGACUUUUAUGAGCUGUUUCACCUACCCAGUCCGGGACAAUACCAUAAAGCUUACGAUUGUUUGGUUCACGCUGUCCUUUGGGUACUACGGAUUAUCCAUUUGGUUCCCUGAUGUUAUUAAACAUCUGCAGUCGAAUGUGUUGAAAGAAGUAGAUGACCCGACAGGAAAAUUUUCAAAUUUAACUACUAACUUUACAACAGCAAAUAAGAUUAUUACUGGACUGGAAUGGGACAACGGCAGAUUUGAAGGGAUCAGGCUCAAAUCCAUAAUUUUCAAAGAUUCGGUUUUUAAGUCCUGCACCUUUGAGGAUGUGACUUCAGUCAACACCUACUUCAAGAACUGCAUGUUUAUUAAUACUGUUUUUAACAACACAGAUUUUGAGCCGUAUAAAUUCAUUAACUGCGAAUUUCAAAACUGCACAUUUGUGCACAACAAGACAGGAUGCCACAUUACCUUUGAAGAUGACUAUGGUGCCUACUGGGUUUAUUUUGUCAACUUCCUGGGGACAUUGGCAGUGUUGCCAGGGAACAUCGUGUCUGCUCUCCUAAUGGACAGAAUCGGGCGCUUAACGAUGCUAGGUGGCUCUAUGGUGCUCUCGGGGAUCAGCUGUUUCUUCCUUUGGUUUGGCACCAGCGAAUCCAUGAUGAUAGGCAUGCUGUGUCUGUACAAUGGGUUGACCAUCUCGGCCUGGAACUCUCUUGAUGUGGUCACUGUGGAACUGUACCCUACAGAUCGGAGGGCAACAGGCUUUGGCUUCUUGAAUGCACUGUGCAAAGCAGCGGCCGUCCUCGGAAACUUAAUAUUCGGCUCCCUGGUCAGCAUCACCAAAGCAAUCCCCAUCCUGCUGGCCUCCACCGUGCUCGUGUGUGGAGGACUGGUGGGGUUGCGCCUGCCUGACACACGAACCCAGGUCCUGAUGUAAUGGGAAAAAAAGCCAUCCAUCCUGUGUUUCUUUCUGCUGCCCCUUGUCAACUCUCCCGACUGACUCAAGGCUCCAGCUUUUUCAGAUAUAGAAAAGCGGUCACAUACCAAAACACUGAUUCUUGCUGCGACUAAAAUUUAGAUGUGUACCAUCUCGCCCCUUAAGUGUGAUUUUGCAGUUUGUUUGUUUGUUUUCAUGCAUCGUUGUCUUUCCUAACUGUGAUGCUACUGCCUACCAGAAAUCAGUGGAAGGAUUUUUUAAACGUGCUGGUCAGCCGGGCCUUCCUGAGAUUCCGCUCACUGAAGGUUCAGAAGCUAAGAAGAGGACUGGGCUGCUGUAAGAAAUAGAUCCUGCUGCUAAUUCAACAUUCACGGGAAAGAUAAGUUGGCGUAUUAUCGCAUUUGUGCUGAGGAGAGGGAUUCUUUUUUUUUUUUUCCAAACAGAGUGAUAUUUCCUGUUUACUUAGAAAAGGACACCCAGCAAUUCUUGCUGUUACAGCAGGGCCUUUCAAAAAAAAAAAAAAAAAAAAAAAAAAACCCACGUGACACCAAACAGAGCUGGGUGGGGCUCUUUCAGGCUUGACAGUUAACGUGACUGUCUCUGCUGACAAGAAAAAUAGGGGCUCUGCUGUUGGCAGCAAAGAUCUCUGAGCUGCAUGAGCAAGACUUCUGCCAGAAAGCCCCCGGUGAAACUUCUGAAAAGUACGAGGAAAAGGGCCUGUAAUUAUGUCUGUGACUGCGGCACGUGGUUCAGAAUACUAGAAAGUCAGAGCUCAGGGAGAUCGUGGACCGACAUUCAUCCCCACCCGCCACCGUGCCCCCAGCUGCCAUUGACCUUGCCAGGUAGGCAGAUUCAAGGGGAAAAAGCCACUUUCUAACUGGGUCUGCCCACCUGAUUCUGCCCUUUACCCAAACUCUCUCAUCUAGAGAAUUGUCAGUCAUCUGAGUGGUUGUAAAUUGAAAAUGAGGAAGAAAGUCACACCUAAAUCCGUUUGUAAAUGCCAAAUGAUACCUCGAGGGGACCGGUUUCCUGAGGGACGGUACCCCUGGGGAGUUGACAUUGGACUUCCUACUAGCAAUGCGCAUGGCUUGGCUAGGCCGGUGCACUGGUCGGUAUGUUCCUGGCCGCUGCCUCUGUGUGAAAUCACAGCCUGCUGUGCUCCAAGGGGCCCUCGGGCAGACAAGGGCAGCAUCUCCUGGUGGGUCUGGCUGCUCGUGUUACCUCUGGAGUCUGCCUGGGCCUGAAGAGAGAGGUCGGCAGGACAUUCCCACGGCUGUCAGCUCUGUGACCUUCUCACCCCUGGGGCUGCCCCUCCUCCACGCUGGUCCUUUUCACUCAUCUUUGAAAUCUGAAGCCUCCAGGUAGACUUGCAGUGAUGACCCGCAGCCAGGAAUAAAUCCCAUAUUAAAACAAUAGUCCUUUUUUAAACUCUCUCUGUCUUGUUAGAGGGUUAUCCUUAUUACUUACUGUAGGCGUUUCCAACAGGCCACGGCCCUGGGGCCUCCAGGAAGGGAGAGCCUUUGUUUCCAAUAGUCAUUACAUUCAAAGAUGUCUUAACCCCACAGACCACUCCGCCUCUCUCUCCCCUUCCUCCUGAUCCUCCGAGAGCUCCAGACAGCAGAGUUCAGGCUCUGUGAAAAGCUUCUUUCAUGAACAGAAGCAAUUAAUCGACUCUCCCUUGAAGUAAUUCAGGCCUGUACAGGGGGGCAGCCUGGUGUCGGGGGCUGGCCGGAUGAGGGUAGUUCCCUGGGGAUGCGGGCUCAGGGCCAGAGCAUCAGGAAAACUCAAACCCAAAACUGCAAAGGUGGCAGGAAGAAGGAAAAUCAAUAAAGACUAGAUGAGAUCUAUUAGAACAAUAUCAACAAAGCAGGAAAGAAACAGAACUUUUUUUCACCUCUGCCUCCUGGAAUAUUAUUGGAAAAUGAAGAUGACGGUCAAACAACCCACGAACAUAUUCUGUAUGCUCUUCCAUUCGUACUCAUUUCCUCACCUACCUACCCCUUGGUUUAUCUUCUUAAAAAAGACAUAUCUGGGGACCUGAGCAGGUUUUUUAGUUGAAUGUAGCAUGUGUGGUAACAACUGCAAAAGUAAUGUGUAUCUCCGCCAACCCAUUCAAAAGAUGAAGAGAAAUGUGCAUGGGUAUUGCUGUCUGUAGAUCUUCCACAGCAGCUAACUUUUCUUACUGGACUGUCUUUACUUUUAGAAAUGUCUCAAAUGUCUGUUGUAGUUCUAAACGCAUCAAAUAUCCAGAGCACGGUUUACGUAGUAUUUUAUCUGAACCCUGAGUUAGGUCAGAAUGGGAUAAACCAGCAGAACUGCACUUGAUGAGACCUGCCACCACGCAUCCCCUUCAGAAUGACCUUUCUUGACCUUCUUUUCACUUAAUCCAAACCUCCCAGGUGGCCCAAGAGGGAUCUCUUCUAAUCUCCUGGACAGUCUGUGGUCACAAACCUUCUUGGUCACCACCUUUUCCACUUUUCCUGCAGUUUCCCCGCCUUCUUCUGUUGUCCCCAUCACCGUCAUUUUCCGUGAGAGAGCGCAAGUUCUUCCCAAAGUAUGUGGUGUGGCCUGUCCAGCUUGUUCUGGGGUCAGCAGGAUUAAGAUAGAGCCAUGCGAUUAAACAGAAACUCUCAGUUCUAUCAGUGCAGCAGGCUGUUGGCACACGGACGUGCAACCAGCAACUCAUUUCACCUGCAGUAGAAAGAAAAUGAGAGCAUGUGCACCAAUGAAAGCCUAAGAAACACUCCCACUGGCUCCUAUAUUUCCAACUCCUUUUCUAUCUAAGAUUUCCUAAUAGCUCUUUGAAUCAAUCCAGAAUGUUCCAGAAUCCUAUUAUCACUGGUCCUCUCAGUAGGAAAAAAUCCAGCUGCUCCAAACUGAAAGUCCUAUACGUUACACCCCCAGUAAUGGACCUUACCCUCCUGUCUCACCCUCCUCUCAUUUAAUCUCGCUGCCUUGGAAGCCAGACCCAGCAGCUAGUGGUCAUCUUACACCCAGAAGACUGACGCUGGGAGAUAAGAUAGAUCGGUCCCCGCCCAAAUUCCCUCACUCACCAAUAACGAGACCCAGAUCUUGCUGAGGAGAAUGUAGGUCAUUGAACAUCUCUGGUCCCCAGUUUUCUCAUCUGUGGUUUGGGACUAGUUUGCUACUGGGACUAGUCUAAGAUUCUAGAAGACCCUCAUGAAAAUAGUUUCAUCUUACUAUCUUCUUCUUAUGCUAAGCUCUUCUUUACAAGCACCAAAUAGAUUGAGUUUAGAAACUGAAAAAUUAGGGAAUAGGUAGACAUGCAAGAGCUCAGGAAGUUGUUCGGGAAGCCCCUGUGGGGCAGGCGAGAGCGUGGCUCCUGUGUUGUUUGUGCUGCCAGCUUCUUAGGACCCUGAGCGUUAUCUCCGUUCACAGCUGGUUUGACAGUUCUCAGCGCCUGCCAAGGAGAGGGCCCCACCCGGUAGGGAUGCAGACAGUUAGAAGACUCUCUGAUCACAGUCCCGUCACAAAGGCUGCAGUCCAUAGCUCUCCUGACUCGACUCCAUUUUAUUCUUGAAGCAAUGCAUGGCCUUAUGCAGACCUGGGAGCUUCAGAAGCAGAGUUUUAAAGUGAUUUCACCCGAGUCGGCAAAUGCACCUUCACUUACAAAUCUCACCAAGCCUAAGCUCACGUUUGCACCCAACUGCGUAGCUGCUUUUCUGGAUGUCUCGAGAUAGAAAGAGAGAGGUGGGAGAAGACAUGUGGUGACCAAAGGGAGAGUCCAAGAUGUUGAGAAGGUUCCAGUGAAGAGAUGAGGGCAGAAUUGAGAUUUUCUCAGCCCUGGGAUCAUUUCAAAAGCAUUCCAUGGGAAUAGCUUCUGAUUCCCUCUGCCAAUCAAAACAGAAUAUGAUAUUCUCCAUAUUUUUCUGCUUAAUAUCAAAAUGGCCUCUACCUAUUUCCUCAGUAAUGCACUUCACUUGUUCAUGCAUUAAAGGCUCUGAAGCCAGAAAUGUCUGAAUUUGGCCUUCACCUGAAAGACAGUCGGUUGAUUGUUAAGGGCGUGUUGGCUGUAUGUUUGGUUUUCCAUGAACCCUCAUAUCAUGUUGAACUCAGUCAAGGUACAAACCUACAGAAACAACAGUCAAGUUGCCACAAUGAAAAGAAACCUACACAGUAGGGCACUCUGAAAUGGACUACACAUUUCUUACAGUUUAUGUUUCUGCCAAGCAAAGUGUGUUUUGAGUAAAGCUUCUCUCACAAUCUGUGACUUAGACAGAGUUGUGUCUUCUAGAUGUGUUGCGUGUCCCUUCAUUGUUUUAGGUGUGGAGUCACAGUUCUCCAUGUGAUGUUCUUUUGCUCUAAAUAUUGACCAUUCCUCCUAUCAAUGGAGUCUCACCAACCGGCAUAGCCAUUGCCAGGGCUGACUUCUGUCUUGCUCAACCAAGACCUUGAUCCAGUUUAGUAAUCUCAAGAUUUUGAGUGACAAGGAUACAGUUCAUGGGCCAUAGUUUCAGGCUAACAGCACUGGGUGGAGGAAAGAGCUGGGCAGAACACCCCCUGAUCUCUUGUCAUCUCAUGUCAUCUCAUCAAUAAAUAUUUAUUGAAUAACUUGCAUGUGCUAGGUUGAGGCGCUGUGCUGUGUGUAGGUAGUUAACCCUUUGCAGGACUUAAAUAAGGGCAGGGAAACAGGGAGAAUGAAAGAGAAAGCAUCUAUAAUGGGGGGUUCUCCUAUUGAUCCCCAUUACUUGUUGUUACCCCUGCCCUAUAAACACAAAGUGUUAUUUUCCCAAAUUUAAAAGAAAUAAACAUAUAUAUGGAAUCUAAAAAAAAAAAAAGGUUCUGAAGAACCUAGGGGCAGGAAUAAAGAUGCAGACAUAGAGAAUGGACUUGAGGAUACGUGGAGGGGGAAAGGUAAGCUGGGACGAAGUGAGAAAGUGGCAUGGACAUAUAUACACUACCAAAUGUAAAAUAGAUAGCUAGUGGGAAGCAACUGCAUAGCACAGGGAGAUCAGCUCGGUGCUU